AUUUCCUUUUUCCUUUAAUCAUUCUUUGAAAGCAGUGAUAAACUUUAUUUAAUCUUUUUUCAAAUAACACAUAAGUGUGCUGAACAUAAAAAGAAAAAUAACUGCAAAAAGAAACACAUGAAAACGUAUUUUUGUUUCAACGUUUAUCUUAAAGUGAUUUUUGUGUCAAGUCUCUGGAUGUUGUCUUAUAGGUGACAUGACUUUAGCAGGUGGUCGGUCGGGGAGAGUUCCUCUUGACUGUCAGACUGAUGGUCCCUCUUCUCGAAAAGGGGGAACAAAGAGUUUGCUCCAGCUACAGAGCUACUUCCCCUCACUGUGAACUGGAAAGGAGAAUUUGUCCGAUAGCUGAACCUCUGAUUCAGAAAGAACAGUGCAGUUUUUGCCCAUUGAACAUUGGAUCAGCUCUACGUACACAGGGUGCUUGAGGGUUCAUGGGAGUUCACACAUCCACUCCAAGGCUGUGCGGAUUUAGGGAAAGCAUUUGAUCUCGCCCCACCGUAUUCUAGGUACUCUGGUAAUAUGGGAUCUUGCCUCCGCAAAUUAGGGUCGUCAGGUCUUUGUAUAACUAGAUCAGGAGCUUGGUUAAUAUUACUGGUAGUAAGUCAAACUUAUUCACAGUAGAUGUUUAAAUCUGACACCCUGUUCAAAAUCUUUAUGGACAAAAUUUAUGGUAGCAGUCAUAGGCCAUGGAUGGAUGGAUAAAUGGAUGGAUGGACGACAGACUGUUGGAAGGGUGGAUGGAUGGUCAGAUAAAGGAUAGAUGUGCAGGUGGAUGGAUUAAUGGGUAGGUGGGAAAAUGGAAUGUUGGGAUGGGUGAUUUAGAGGGAUCGUGUCUUUGAGGAAUCAAAUAGUUUAAAAAAUCUAUGAACAUGCCAUGUGAAAAAUUAAUCAAAUUAUACAUUAAAUGUUACUCUAAACCAAAGAAAUGCCAUUGUUUUUUGUUUUUUUUACUUUAAAUCAAGUUAAUUUUUUUCAGUUCAGUACUUUACUAAGACUUAAUUAUCUAGACUUGUUGGAAAAUACAUCACAACAAAAACACGACUUCCUCAGCUAAUGGGUUUAUUAAAUAUCCCAUAAACACCAACAUCACUUUUAUCCCUAUUUUUAUCACUUUAAAAAAAAUACCAGCAACAUUAUUUAGAAAAUAUUAGAGAAAAUACUAUUUAAGGCAAGUAAACCGCCAUUCAUAUUUAAAUUCUUAUUGUCAAUGAACUUGUGUGAAAGUGUAAAAUAUUUCCACUGUGGUAUUUCCGUGUUACAUAAGCAGAAGACAGCAGAUGUGUGGACAUUUUAACCACAUGAUUAUCUUUGUUUUUCAAGUAAGUCUUAGCUAUGUCUGACUGGAGCAACUGAAGUAUGAUCAGAGGCAGAUAAGUCUCUCCGGGAUAUAUGGGCAUAAAACAUUCCAAAUAAUGGGAAGUUCUCAAGUAUGAUUUUUACAUUUCUGUUUACCUUAAAUGUCCUUUUUUCGUGUCGCUUCUUCUAACAAAGCUUUCUUGAUGUUGUGCUCUGACAGCUUGAAUGAACUCUCCACAUCCGCCAGAGUCACACAAAAAGCUGAUGUCAUGUGAGGUUGGGGGUUCCGAGACUCAGACAAAAACAAACCAAAGAUAACUUAUGACAUCAGGUCACACCAACUUCAAUUCCUGGAUGGCGGUUCAGAGUUAAUCCCACGGCGGAUUUCUAAAAAGGGGUCUGACUGACAGAAAGGCACGACAACAACGGAACGAGGAAAUUGACGAGGGCAAACCACGUGCAAAACAAAGUUGUUCUUCACUGAAAACCGUGCAACCUGAUGAGCCGCAAGUCAGAGCGCGCAAGUCCUGCAGAGAGUCUCUUUCCUCCCACGGAGAUCACGCAUUUAGAUCCGAGCAUCCUCUCCGGGGUCCCUCGCGUCCAAUAAAGAUGUCCAUUCUCCUCCUCACAGUGCUGUCCUCGCUGGUGGUGCGCGACGCGGACGCGUGGGGUGCCAGCCCAAAGUACGCGGUGAACUGCCCGGACAGAUGCAGCGUGGAGCGCUGCGGCGGGACCCAGCGGUGCGCCCGGACGGUGCUGGAUGACUGCGGCUGUUGCCAGGUGUGUGCAGCCGGCAGAGGGGAGCACUGCUACCGCACCGUGUCGGGCAUGCACGGGGUGAAGUGCGGACCGGGAUUGUUUUGCGACUUCUACAAGGACGAGGACGAUUAUGGAGACGAAUAUGGAAUAUGCAAAGACUGUCCAUACGGCACCUACGGAGUUGAGUGCCGUAAAUCAUGCAACUGCAAGGGAGGCAUCUGCGACAGGGAGUCUGGAGCUUGUCUCACUCUCACCUUUUUCUCCAAAAUCGCUGGAAAGCUUAAAACUGGACCAAGACCAGGUGAGACGGGCUCAGGUGAAGUGAUUUCUGCGCACAUUGCAGCAGACCAGCGCGCAGACAGAUCCGCCGCUCCAAAGAGACUCUCCCCCCGCUGACAACACGUGAAAAACGCGAUUAAGGAUGUGGAACAUUAACUUAUAAAUGAGCCGAAAAUUAUAUUUUAUUAUGUUAAAAGAUAGGUUAAAAAAAAGAUGAUUUUUACAGCAUUUGAAAGUUUUGUUCUAAAGUUGGCACGUGGACUGUUUUAAAUGUUCAUCCAUGAAAGUGUUUAAAGUUCUUCAUUCUUUAUCAGUUCUUAAACGAUUCCCAUAGCUUUCAAUAUAUUUAAGGGUGAAAUUUAAUACUGAUUUAUCAUUGAAUAUGUUUUUCUUUGUCUUUGUUGUUAAAAGUACAACAACACACCUUGGAUUUCCUUCUUCUAUUCUGUUUGUACUGAUAAUGCAAACUGCUGAUAUCUACAACGCAGAAAAUGUAAUGUACCUUUUAAAAAUCCGCUACUGUCUGAAUAAAAGCAAAGUUUGCAAGUGUUAU